AUGCCAAGCAGCAAAACCAGAAUUGCCAUACUCGGUGGUGGUGUAGCUGGAUUGGUGAUUGCUCGCCAUACAGCUGGCAAAUUAGACACUUACAGUGUUACGUUAUUCGAACAAACUGAUCAGGUCGGUGGAACGUGGGUCUAUACCGACGAAACGGACGUCGACAAACAUGGAUUACCAAUUCAUAGCAGUAUGUACAAGAAUCUAAGAACAAAUCUUCCUCGAGAAAUCAUGCAAAUACCUGAUUUUCCAAUGAAGCGCGAUGAAGGACCGUCGUUUGUCCAUCACAGCGUAAUUCGAGAGUAUCUUUGGGAUUAUGCAAAACAUUUUAAUUUAUAUCCACAUAUAAAGUUGAAUACGGUGGUGAAAUAUGUGGAGCCGGAAACACUGCGAAACGGGCAAACAAUCUGGAUGGUCACAUAUGAGGACUUGGAAAGCAAAAUAGAAACUACUAAAGCGUUCGACGCCGUGGUCUUGUGUAAUGGUCAUUACACUGUAGGCCAUAUUCCACACAUUCCAGGUAUUGAAAGUUUCCCCGGAGGAUCUAUACAUAGUCAUCAGUACAGAGUACCAGAUGUGUACGCUAGAAAGAAAGUUUGCAUCCUCGGUGCAUCUUGGUCUGGUAUCGAUAUCGCCGUAGAAGUCUCGCAAUACGCCGAAAAGGUAUACAUAAGCCACAAUCUGCCGGAACCGGUUGAUUCGAAAAUGUCGAAAAACGUGGAACAGAGGCCUGGCAUUCAAUCGAUUCGGGGAAAUAUAUUCAUCUUCCGCGAUGGUUCCACAGCUGAAGUAGACAACUUCAUAUAUUGCACCGGCUACAAAUUUACGUAUCCCUUUAUGUCGACUAAAGUUGAGAUGCGUACAGACUGCAAUCACGUCGAGCCUACUUACAAACACUUGAUACAUACGGAUUAUCCAAGUUUAUUUAUCAUGGGAUUGCCGGGAAUUGUAAUUCCCUUUCCCAUGUUCCAUCUACAGGCUCAGUAUAUUCUCAGUAUUCUCGAAGGUCGUAUUAAGCUACCUUCUUCCGAAAAAAUGCGCGAAGAAUAUGAAACGGAAAAGAAAGCUCUUCUUGAGCAGGGAAUUCCGCUAAGGUAUAUCAUUAAAUUAAAGGAACGGCAAUGGGCAUAUUACGACGAAAUAGCCGCGGCUGCAAAUAUUUCAAGCUUCCCGCCAGUAAUCAGAAAAAUUUACGAUCACUCGAACGAGAUGCGCGAAUUGGACUUCACCACUUACAAGAGCUACCAGUACCGCAUAAUCGACGACGAAAAUUUCGUAGUGUGUUAUUGUAAACCUUGUUAG